AUGCACGCCUAACUUCAACUACUACGAUUCACCUCAAUUUCUAUCUACAGGUAUGCACAUCGCUUCGGUAAUUAUCACACCAGUCCACCUACUCGGCUUAUACUGUAUUAUAUACAAGACCCCUUUGCAAACUCGUGCUCUCUUACGUCAGACAAUGUUCCUUUCACGUUCAUAAAAUUGCUAGGCCCGUAUAUCAGUAGUAUCCUAGCUCAAAUAUUCAAUAUCAGCAUGACAAGAGGUGAAAUUCCAAAAGCAUGGUCAGAAUCUAUAGUCAUACCGCUACCAAAAUCUAGCAAGCCAAAAGAUGCUCUUGACUUUCGCCCUAUUAGUAUCACGUCCAACAUAUGCCGCGUCUAUGAAAGAUGCAUACUUACUAAACUAGAAUCUUUCCUGAGUGAUACUAAGUUUUGGAACAACAAUCAACACGGUUUUCGCCCUAUUAAAUCAACUAUCACAAAUAUGCUGGAAUGCAUGAAUAACUGGACCAAAAACAUAGAUGAAGGAGCACAAACUGACGUUAUAUAUCUAGAUUUCUCAAAAGCUUUUGAUAAAGUAUCGCAUGACAUCCUUCUAGAUAAGUUGACUUCAAUUAAAAUCAACAAACAUCUGAUACGUUGGCUCGAUAGGUUCUUGACUAAUAGAUCGUUUAAAGUAAAAGUGGGAAACACACUUUCAGUACCUAAAAAAGCAGUGUGUGGGGUUCCACAAGGAUCUGUUCUUUCACCGGUACUUUUCGGCAUAUUUGUCAAUGAAAUAUCCGCAAAUUUGCCUGUAGGAGUAUACUGUAAACAAUUCGCAGAUGAUAUAAAAUUAUACGCAGCCACUCCAAAGAGUCAAUCUCAAAAUUCUCUCCAAUCAGCAAUUGACGUAGUUACCGAUUGGGCACUCAAUAAUAAACUCCUUUUAAAUCCCUCAAAAACUUUUCAUUUAACCCUAGGAAAAUGCAAUACAAAUUAUACCUAUUUUUUGAAUGGACUCCCUAUAAAAAAAGAAGUAUCAACAAGGGACCUAGGAUUCCUAGUGUCUGAAAAACUCGAUUUUACGGACCACUGGAAAAAGACUAUCAAUCUCACUAAAUACCAACUAUUCCAAAUCUUCAACACUUACUCUAGUAAAAGCGUAAAGUUUAUGACAUUACUCUAUAAAACUUUCAUAAGGCCUAGACUAGAAUAUGGCACAGUAAUCACUAGUCCAAUUAAGAAAAACGACUCAAAAGCUAUAGAAUCAGUACAAAACGCGUUUACGAGAAGGCUUUACAGUAGAAUGAAAGGUAGAUACAUCAGACCAGAUGACAAAGAUUACAAAUCGGCCUCGGAAAGAAAUGAAUUAUUUAAGCUCUCAACGUUAGAAAAUAGAAGAUUAGCAAUUGAUAAAAAACUCAUAUCCCACAUGAUGACUGGGAAAAUAGGUCUUGAAACGUCUGAAUUUUUCAACUUUACUGAAAAUACACGUACACGUUCGAAAUACAAAUUCUCUUGGAGCAAGUGCAAAACUAGAAUUAGGCGGCAUUUUGUUAUUAAUCGUACCUUAAGUACGCAACUAAACAAUUUUUUACACGAUACAACCGAUCAUAAGCUCUCCUUAACUUCUGCUCUUCAAAUGUCCAGUUUCCCUAUCCUCUUCAUCUUCACCCCCCUUUCCCAAUUUUUUUUUCUUCUAUUAUUUGUAUUUGUCUUCUGUUUUUUGUUGUUUUUAUAUUUAUGUAAUUGGUUUUCAUCACGUCUCCGAGAGAGCGUAAUAAAUAAAUAA